AUGGCCUGCAGAAUCUACGAGGAUGUCCUCGAAGAUGAGGUCGAAUGGGACGAGGCUGCUAGGAGAGUUGAGGAUGGCGAGAACCAUCUCUCUAACAGCUCUCAGCAGCGGGCGCUCUGUGAAUGCGGACGGCCCUUGCACCGCUAUGCUCGUCUGCCGACCUACCAGACCUUCCUGAUGUGCAGUCCCUCGCAGGAGUGCACACGCUGUGAAGAGGAUAUUCUGCCGGGUGACAUGCACUUUGUGUGCACGCAGUGUUCCCACGUCCAUGUUUGCAAGGACUGCGGUCCAUCCGUUUACAUCCAUCGAGAAUAUGAUUUCCUCGACUAUGAAACCGGUGAGGUGCAGGUUCAGGAGGUGCCGAAGCGCGUCAUCCAUGAGCGGAGAACGAGGUCUGCCCUUGACGCCGAGGCUCCCUGCACCAGGGUGGCGCGUCAGGUGUACUCUCAGAUCCAGCAGAUGGCUCCGGAGCUGGCACUCGAGCAGGAUAUUGAGCACAACCGUUGGGAGGCAGGGAACCUGCUGUUUCGGCUCUUAGGUGUGGAGAGCGACGUGGAGGCGGCCCAGAGUGUGCUGGCCUUGAUCGACGGGUGCCAGCACGUCCUCGCCGCGCAGCCGACGCUCACGGAGGUAGAUGUCCCCUGCAAGAUUUUCGGUGACAUCCAUGGGCAGCUACGAGACGUCCUUCUGCUGUUCCACUCCUUCGGCAUGCCGGGGAGUGCUGACUGCCCUCGCUGCGUCUUUAACGGGGACUUCGUGGAUCGUGGCAGGCAUCAGGUGGAGACCGUGGUUGUGCUCUUUGCCCUCAAGGUUCUGUUCCCGACCCAGGUGUACCUCAACCGAGGAAACCACGAGGACUCGACAAUGAACGAGAAGUAUGGCUUCCAGAAGGUGGUCUUGCAGGCUUUCCCAGGCGAAGCAGGCUUCAGAGUCUACACCGCCUUCUCUCGCUGCUUCCAGUACCUUCCCUUUGCCAGGGCCCUGGCAGCGGCUGCUCGAGCAAGGCACGGCGGCAUUGGUGACGGCAAAUGGCGCUUGGAAGACGUGCGCAAAGUGCGGCGGCCGCUGAACCACGAGCAGCUCCAGGCGCCAGAGAAUCGUAUACUUUGGAACAUCCUUUGGUCGGACCCCAUCGAGGACGACAGUGCUGUUUCCAAAGUCUUCGGAGUGCACAAUUCGGCGCGCAGCAAAAUCGCUGUGCGCUUCGGUUGGAAUGUCACGCAGGACUUUUGCGUCCGCAACAGUCUCGACCUUGUGGUGCGAAGUCACCAGUCGAAGAAGUGGGGCCUGGGGUUCGACGUGAUGCACAAUGAGUCCCUCGUGCGGGUCUUUUCAGCUCGCGACUACGAGGGCAACCACAACGAUGGUGCGGUACUCCAGGUGGAAGGCGAGGACGAGUCCGGCCACCUUGGCGUUCGGCCCCAGGUGCUGCGAUCGUUGUCUUCCGCUUAG